AUGGCCUCUACGCACCAGGGACACCAGAGUGUGAAGGUCGUGAAGCUCGCUUCCACUUCGUUUCUGCCUUUCCCCGGAACCAGCACGCAACCCAAUUGGAACAUCAUUUUCAACUCCAAUGUCACUGGCUUGUGGCUCAUCUACCUGAAGGAUCCUACCAGCUCACCUUCUGCGCACGGCUGGGUCAUUGGGUUGGUCACCGCAAGUGGCCAGGCUCUCCACGUCUACCCGAAGCAGACCAGCUGCACUGCGACCAUGGCAAUUGUCUGCCAACCUGCUUGUGCCGAGAGCGAUUUCACCGCCGCUAAAAGCUUUGCUCAGAUGGCCGGCUCCCACAGACACUUUGGGCGGGCCAUGCUUCAGGGGGUCAAAAUCGGACACAUCUUCUUGGGGCUGAAUGAGGUUCUGGAUCUGUGCGGCCAUUGUCCUCGUAGACUUCUUCAGGAAGUGAAGCGGCGCGACACAUUCGGCGAUUGUGUGAUCAAGGAGACCCGAGGCUGUCUCUUAAAUCCCAACGGCCAGGGCAUGUCGCUCGAGAUCACUAAAGGCCAGGCUCGGGUCCAUAUGUGGUCCAAGAACGGAAUCAAGGCGCUGAAGGAAUGCAAUGCGCGCAUGGAAUGGUUCAGGCUGGUGGAUGCACAGUAG